GUGUGGCCCAUCAGUGAUGCUGUCAGUCAUGUCUGUGAAGCUCAGAGUGUUGGCUCUCAUACUCUUUGUGACAAAGGAUGUUUACCCCACCUAUGCUGAAGCAAAACUGGCUUCACCCCAAAAUGUGAAGGUGACCUCCAUCAAUAUGGCUACAGUUGUUGAAUGGACUUCUCCACACAGUCCCAUGAGCAACGUGACCUACACAGCAAUAUAUUUCCUGAGAAAAGAAAACGUUUCCAUCUGUGUGAACACCAAAGAGCUGAAAUGUGAUGUAGGAAAACUGCCGUCUGUAUUUGGUCGCUAUAUUUUCCAAGUGCGGGCAGAGGUUCAGGGGCUGUUCUCUGAGUGGGUUAAUUCUAACGAAUUUUUACCAAAUAAACACACGAUCAUAGGACCCCCUACUGUGCAUCUUGUCAUCCAAAAUAAUACCUUGGAUGUGGACGUCCAAGCUCCAGUACUGAAAGUGGGCAAACUAGCAGACCUUUUUUCACAAGUGUCCUACAUCAUCAGAUAUUGGACCGAAGACUUUUCAGAAGAGGCAACAGAGAAGAAGGUAACUGAAUCUGGUGAAGGUGUUAAAGUGAGUGUUAAAGGACUGCAAUCCUGGAGCAGAUAUUGUGCUCAGGCGAUGGUGGUUCCCAAAGGCUACAAAAAUGCCAAAAAGUUCAGUGAUGCCGUGUGUGUGACCAACACACCUGUGCUCAUCAUCUGUGUGAUUGCUGCUGCCAUCCUUCUUCCUCUGGCAAUCCUGGCCGCAUGGCUGAUCUAUAAAGUGUACAGAUUCCUGUACCCUAAAACCAAACUACCAGAACUUCUCAAGAAUUUAUUUGUACCAACAUUUUGGAAUGCUGAGGCGACCCAACAUCCUGCACACCAGAAAGAACAGCAUGAUAAAAUCAGUGCCAUAUCUGAGGACUAUCUAUAUGAAGAGCUCAGCGAGAAGUACAAGAUCUUAGAGGACAAGGACUCUGGGUUGAUGUCUGCUCUCACCCCAAUUCAAGAGGUGGAAGAGGACUACAAACUCCUGAUGGACACAAAAACUGCACCUGCUUUUUACCCUAACCAUCUCUAUCCAUUAUGCCUAAAAGACUCGCUCUUCACUCAUUUAAACCAACCCUGCUUCACAAGCACUCAGCCUUGUUACUACAACGUCACAGAGCUGAGCCACACUGACUGUGUUUGCUGAUGUCCCCAACAAGCUGAGAUGAUCUUACUUACUUAAGAAUGAUCUUAUGAUUUUCUGCAGUAAAUAUAUAAAAUAGUUUGAUAUGACUAUGCAGUGGUGCAAUGCACGUAUGGCUGUCUGUUGAAUGUAUAUAAUUUCUCACAUUGUUUUCUCAAGCUAAUAACUGAAUGCACUUUCUACAAAACGUUUAUCAUUGUAUGUCUAUAUUUGUUUGCAUCGUUAUUGUAAAAUAGUGAAUUUUUUCAUAAAUAAACCGAGUUGUAUUUCUCUGAUUUUAAUUA